CCUCACCUUAUCUUCUCAUCUCUGGAUAUAUAUGAGAUCUUAACAGUUCAACAUAGCAUAGUUGAUUUGACUUUGAGCAGUACUCAUUACAGGAGGCUUUCACACAAUACAAGUCUGCACUUGUUUUGAUUGCUUUGCUUGUUCCUCUGUGAUCUUUCCGGAAACUAACCAUGGCUGUGGGGGAGAUCUUCCUUGCGGCGUUCGUUCAGGUGCUGCUGGAGACGUUAACACGUCGAGAUUUCCUCGACUACGUUGGACGCUUGGGAGGAGUUGGCAAAAAGCUGCUAAAAUGGGAGAAGAUGCUGUCUGCGGUUGCUGCGGUGCUUUACGAUGCGGAGGAGAAGCAGCUGACGAGCAAGUCAGUGGAGCUGUGGCUGAAUGACCUCAAGCACUUGGCUUAUGAUAUCGACGAUCUACUCCACACCUUUUCUAAUGAGAUGUUAGAACGUGAUCGGCAGGUACGAGGCUUCUUCACCAAAGUUCCUCACAAGAUUAAAUUCAACUACAAUAUGAACUCCGAGAUAAAGGAGAUUGAUGAUCGCUUGGAAGCCAUAUUUGAUCGGAAAAAGAAGCUCGGUUUGAAGUAUAUUGAGCAUACAUCAUCAUCAUCGCACAGGACACCAGGCUCGUAUGUGCUAGAUGGACCUGUGAUUGGAAGAGAUGAAGAUAAAAGAAAGAUCGUGGAGUUGUUGUCCAGAGAUGUUGAUUCUCCCACCAAUUAUCAAGUUGUUGCCAUUGUUGGUAUGGGAGGACUUGGCAAGUCCACGCUGGCAGGACAAGUCUUCAAUGAUGCAGCUGCAAUGGAACAGUUUGAUCUCAAGAUCUGGGUUUCAGUGUCCGAUGACUUCAAUCUGGAAACUGUUACAAAAGUUAUUUUUAGAAAGGUCACAUCCCAGCCAUGUGAUAAUGAUGAUUUGAGUGACGUUCAACAUCAUCUGAGCACGAAGAUUAACGGUAAAAGGUUUUUGAUUGUUUUAGAUGAUGUCUGGAGCACAUGUGAUUAUGUUUCAUGGACAAAACUGCAAGCAUCCUUUCGUAGCGGAGCUCAGGGAAGUAAGGUGAUGGUGACAACACGUGAUGAAAAAGUUGCAGCAUUGAUGGGAGCCCCAGCCGCUGCAGUUUAUCAUUUGAAGACUCUAUCUGAUGAAACUUGUCUGGAACUAGUUGAGCAGCAUGCCAACAAUGACAGGCCGCCGAAUUUCGAGUUGCUCAAAAAGAAAAUUGUUACAAAUUGCAAAGGAUUGCCAUUGGCUGCAAAAGUACUUGGUGGUGUUUUGCGUUGUGAAGAUACUGGCAAUUGGGAGAAAAUACUAGAUGACAAAUUGUGGAGCACAUCAGAUAAGAGUGAAAUACUUCCUGUACUGAGAUUGAGUUAUCAGUAUCUGCCUUCAACUUUGAAGAGGUGCUUUGCAUAUUGCUCAAUCCUUCCCAAUGACUAUGAAUUUGGGAAAGAUGAAUUAAUCUGUCUGUGGAUGGCAGAGGGUUUCCUGGAGCAAUCAGAUGGAAGUAACUCGAUGGAAGAUAUCGGUAACGAAUAUUUUGGGGAGCUACUGUCCCGGUCAUUAUUACAGAAGCCAGGCAAAAGCAGUUCACUCUAUGGAAUGCAUGACCUUAUUGGUGAUUUGGCACGAUGGGCUGCUGGAGACACGUAUUCCAGAUUGGACGACAAACCGCAAGGUGGAUGUUCUUUAAAGACUCGUCAUAUGGCUUACAUUUCUGGCAAGUUUGAUGGAAGAAAAAGAUUUGAGACAGUUUCUGAUGCCAAACACUUGCGGAGUUUCCUACCGUUUUCAGUUACUAAUGGAAAUGAGAAUUAUCUAACUCAUUAUGUUGCUUCUGAUCUAUUGCUAAAAUUGAAGUACUUGCGGGUGCUCUCCUUCAGAGGCUACAAGCUCACCGAGGUGCCAGAUUCCGUAGGUAAUGUGAGGCUUCUACGGUAUCUUAAUCUCUCUGGCACUUUAAUAAUGAGUUUGCCUGAGUCAAUUUGCACGCUUUACAACUUACAGACGUUAAUGUUAGUGAAUUGUUCAAAUUUGAAGACACUACCUUCAAAUUUAAGUAAUUUAUCUAACUUACGUCAUCUCUACAAUUCAAACACGCCUUCAUUGGAAGAAAUGCCGCCCCAAGUAAGCAGGUUGACUCAUCUGCGAACUUUGUCCAAGUUUGUGGUUGGGAAUGCUGAUAGUGCACCAGGCAUUGGAGAGAUAGGGUCACUGACUCUUCACGGGGACUUGAGCAUUGGAAGAUUAGAGAAUGUGAUUGAUGUUGGGGAUGCACAGAGGGCCAAGAUAAAUAACAAGGAAGGGCUGGAUACCUUGAAUUUGGAAUGGAGUGGCACAGGUGAGAAGGAGUUAGAGGUGCUCUGCAGCUUGGAACCUCAUAAAAAGCUUCAACAACUGUCCAUCAAGGGCUACAAUGGUUUCGAGUUUUCAAAGUGGAUUGGACAUCCUUCGUUCUCUGAUAUGACGUUGGUGAGGUUAGAGAAUUGUAAGAAUUGUCGGUCCUUACCUCCUCUUGGCCAAUUACCUAAUCUGAAGUCACUUCAUAUAGAAGGACUGGCUAGUGUUGAAAGUGUGGAUGCUGAGUUUUAUGGGGAUGGUAGCUUGCCCUUUCCUGUGCUUGAAACCCUGGGGAUUAUCAAUAUGCCGGUUUGGAAGAAGUGGCUUCCUUGCAAAAGAAACGAAGAAAACUCUGUAUUUCCCUGCCUUCGAGAGCUUGCCAUCUUUGGAUGCCCUAAAUUGAAGAAUUUGCUACCGAAUAACAUUGAUUCAUUAUCAGCUCUUGCUAUUUGUGAAUGUGAACAGUUGGUGGUUUCAAUGGCCAAUUACAAGCAUCUUUGUAUGUUUAUCGUCGACGGUUGUAAAAGGUUGGUGAACAGAAGUGGAGUUAAGUUCGAGUUACUGGAAGAUAUGGUGCUCCGUAGCAUCCCAGUAUUCAGACUCGAGAUAGAUGGGUUCAUCAGAGGAUUAACAAAGCUGAAAUGGUUAAAAAUUACUGGUGGUGAGGAGCUGACGUCUUUGUGGGAGAGUGAGGAUAGAUGGUUGCAGCAUCGGAUUUCUGAUAUUGUUGGAGGCAGUGUUUCUCAGUCUCCCCGUUCUCACUUUGUUCAACAUCUCAGAUCACUUAAUCAGCUUGAGAUAGUUGGAUGCUCGAAUCUGAUUUGUUUUCCAGACUGUGAUAUGCUCAGAUCACUUAAUCGGCUUGAGAUAGUUGGAUGCUCGAAUCUGAUUUGUUUUUCAGACUGUGGUCUGCCACCUUCUCUUGAAUACUUGAAGAUUGAGUCAUGUGAUUCGUUGGCAUAUCUUGUAAAAUUUCAGCUACCGUCGGGCAUAAGAAUGAUAGUGAUAGCAAAAUGUCAAAAUUUGAGAGUGUUGGUCAAGGAUGCCGAGGGUUGUUCAUCGUCAUCUUGUUGUCUCGAGGCGUUAUCGAUAAAUGAGUGUGCAUCUUUCACAUCCUUAUCAGGCAACGGAGGCCGACUACCCAGAACGCUCAAAUAUCUUUGGAUAAUUGCCUGUGAACAAUUGGAGUCAAUAAUGGAAACAUUCCAUGAGGACACUUGUCUCGAAUAUAUUGAGAUAGAGAAGUGUGCAAAUCUGAAAUCCUUACCAGAGGGGCUCUGCCAUCUCUCCGUUCUUCACACGUUAAUGAUUGGGGAAUGUGGAAGUCUUGUUUCCUUCCCGAGAGGAGGGUUGCCAUCCAACUUGGCGCGCUUGUCUAUCAACCAAUGUGAUCAACUGGAAGCCCUCCCCAGAGGCAUUGACAACUGCAGCUCUCUGCAGACUUUGGAAAUGGGAUACUGUGAAGGUUUGUCGUCCAUUCUAGAAGAAGGUUUUCCACCAAACCUAAUUAGUCUUCUUAUUAUCUUUCCCAAAAGCUUGAAGCCUCUAUCAGAGUGGGGACUUCACCACUGGGACAGACUCGCCUCUCUUACAGAGUUGAAGCUUGCUGGUGUAGAUUCAGAUAUGGUGUCCUUUCCACCAAAGACGAUGCUGCUCCCUAAAUCUCUCAUUAAACUCUGCAUUGGAGGAUUCCCAAAUCUGAAGCGGCUGUCAUCAUCUUUCCAAUCACUCACCUCUCUUGAGUCCCUUGACAUUUUUUACUGCCCAAAGCUAGCAUCUGCUAUCCCGGAACAAGCGGAUCAUCUGCCUCUUUCCCUUACACAGCUUCGCAUCUAUGGGUUUUGUCCGCUGCUAUGGAAGAGGUACCAACCUGGUAAAGGUCGAUACUGGCGCGAAGUAGCUUACAUCCCUUACGUUUCUUUUGGAGACGACGAUGACGAUGACGAAGCCGAAGUCGACCACCCACACAACUGAUACAAGUACAAGGUGGAGAAAUAUGCUUGCAAUGAAGCACCUCAAGGAUCUUGUUUCUACCCUUCUACACUUCUGGUGCAACUUAAAUCUUCAUUAGCCUCAACAUUGCAAGCUUCUCAAGUCUGUGGUGCCUAUCCAGGAGACCAGGAAGGCCCUUUAGUCAAUGGAAUAUCUUGAGAGGGGAUUUUCAAAAGGCAGCAUCUAUUCCUGAGAAGUUUCACAGCUAACAUCCCUUGGGCCUCAAGUUGGUCUCUUGCAUAUGAACCCCUGGUGCUGGAGAUGUUGUGCCACUGAAACUCUAUCUUGUGUUAGUUACAGGAGCAGAACAUAUGUGAGUUGUUCAGGUUCUGUAUUAUUUUUCUUUUUCUAUGGGAGUAUUAUAUGGAUAACAUGUGUUUCAGAAAUGUAGGAAGGCUUCUGUGAAAUAACUGAUGUGGAAAAUGUCACUUCUUUACUGCAUGAAUGCAUGGUGGUGUCUGCAGCUUAGCCUUAGUGGUAUUUAUAAUUAUUCGGUCAACAAAUGUUAUUCAAUCCAGAAAUAACUGAAGAAUGUAUGUGCAGUUCAAGAGGGCAAUGCUCGCAUAAAUUUUUUGGCAUUGUUUGGAUAUUUGCAUGAUGUCAGUAUGACAGAUUAAAGCCUCUCAUGUACGAUGACCCGUUCAAUAAUCCGUUGGUUAAAGUUGGGAAGGAAAAUUCGACCAUGGAAAUGUGUGGAAAGGUUUAUCGCCUUGUCCCAAUUACUCUUACAAAAGAGGAACAGGCUAUCCAUCGGAAGUGGAGGUCGCGGGCGUACCAGUGGAAGAGACCGAAGAUUCGGUACCUGCUGAUGUUGACCCUGAUACAAUUAGGUGGAUUCCUUCCAAUCAUCCUUUUGUGAACACUGCUGGUGACAUCAAUGAAGACUUGGCACAGACCAAUGUGUAUCGAAAACAUGGUGUACCCUAUCGAUUUCAGGCUGAGCAUGAAGCACUGCAGAGAGAGCAAACGGAGAGCAGGUUAGUGAUGGAUCCAUAGGAUGCUACAGAUCCUGUGAAUGCAUUCAAUUCACGUUCCAAGUCAGCCAAGCAGGAUGGAGAAAGCCUCAUCAAUAAUGAUGGUAAUUCUAAGCCACCCUUAUCCGAACGCGAGUCAAAUUCCUCCACUAGCAUGUCAUCAUCUGAGGAAAGGCAUAAACCCUGAAUUUAAGUCUUAGCUUCUUUUUUGCCCUUCAGCAAUGAUUGGAAUUCUGAGUUUUGGUUAGCAGUCCGUUCUAAAAGUUCAGGUCAGCCUGUACAUAGGUUGUAGUUUCACCUCUGAAAUAUACUGUUUUGUAGAUUAUUUAGUUAAAUUUUCCAGAAUGGUGCACUCUUUACUUUAUCUGACGCUUGAUGGAUUUCAAUCUCAAAUGCCCUUUCUUGGUAUUCAUCUUUAAACUGAA